GUAUUAUCAGCUUUGCGAUCAGUUCCACCGUAAUAUUAGACCGCUGCGCGCGCAUCCUUGCACAGACACACGCGGCGCGUGCCGGCUGACGUAAAAAGUGGCGGGAAAAGUGACAAUUGUUAAAACGUCAAUAAUAUUUUUUUUAAACUCGUUUGCCAUCAAGAAGAAAAAACAUUUUUUUUAUUUUUAAAAAUGUGUAGUGCUAAAGGACUGUGGCUUACGACGCCUAUUUUCGUGUUAAUCGGUUUGCUUCAAAUAAGUCAAGCUGCAUUUUUACGCUGCUACAAGGGGUCUCUCAACAAUUAUGUAGAGACACCAUUGUCACACCCACUCGAGUUGCUCCCCUGCAUCAACAAGGAGUUGCCAACUGUCAUAUAUACCUUCGGCUACCGAGGUAAAGUGUCUGGACCAGCGACCACCGCAGUACUAACAGCUUACAUAAAUAAGAAGAAGAGGAAUGUCAUACUUCUGAACUGGGAGACGGAGGCUGAAAGUGGGAUGCUUGGUAUUCCUCUAGGAUACGCUUUUAGUGCUAUUCCUAAUGCUAAGAAGAUUGGUCGAGAACUGGGUCAAGCCUUGAUAGACUUUACGAAGGCUGGCAUAUCAGAUAUCCACCUGGUGGCCCACUCUCUUGGCGCACACCUCAUGGGAUAUGCUGGGAGACUGACUAGAGAACAAGGCUAUGUAGUGCCUAGAAUCACAGGCUUAGAUCCAGCAGGUACCUUGUUCGAAGGUACACUUUCCAUACACAGCGGCCUUGACCGCACGUGUGCCAAGUUCGUGGACAUCAUUCACACAGACCUUGGGAACUAUGGCUCUACCACAUCCACCGGUACUGUGGACAUCUGGCCCAACUACACUGGUGAAAAUAGCAAGCAGCCGGGCUGUCCAAUUGGGAAUUUCGACAUGUUCAGUCCUGAAGAUCUAUGCAGCCAUGAUCGCUCAUGGGGAUACUUCGUGGAAGCCCUUGCAUCGCCGACUGCUUUCCAGGCGGUAGCUGCAUCAAACUACAGUGAAUGGGUCGCCCAUGGAGGGGGAUCCAAAAGCAUCAUAUAUUUGGGAGACUUGACUAGUACACAAGCCAAAGGAAACUUCUAUCUGCGAACAAACGGCAAAUCACCCUUCGGUUUGGGUGUGGAAGGCACAAAACCCAACACCAGCCAGGCAAGAAGACGGAGAAGAAACCCGUUCCUAGCAAGAUUAUUCAAGUUUUUUUAGUAAUACUGUAGCCAGCAGGCAUAUUUCAUCUUUAUUUCUUUAGUAUAAAGUCGAAAAUCCAAUGAAAAAUGUUGACAAUUUGGAGUAAGUACUGUGUAACUAAUAGUCCGGUCAAUAUACGAUAUUGAAAUAUCAAAAAUUCCGACAGAGCUGAAUUUUGGUACAGACCUUUAUUUUACUAUAAAGAUUAAAAUAUUAAAAGUCCCCAUCUAUCCCAUAUGUGCUUCAAAAGUUAUUCGGGGUCAAAGGUCAAGAUUUUAGGUUU